GAACGAAGAAGAAAGGAAAAAUGGAAGUGGAAGAAGAGGAGGAGCCAAGCCACAAUAUUUAGGUCCGCAGAAAACGACACGCCGAUGUAUUUGAAGUCAAGGACGGAGAUUAAAACGGCCUUGAAAAACACCACACCCGUUUUGUCCACCACCAUCAACACCUUCUCUCAGAUCAAGGACACACACACAUAAGGAAGAGAUGCGUGUCAUUGCUGAGUGACCACUUCACCCUGGAGACGACCCUCCCGGUGCAGUCCGCCCUGGCAAUGCCAAGGAAGCGCUUGACGGUGCCACCAUCCAGGAUGGCGGGCCUCGUCAUCUAUGUGGUGGCGUGGUAUGCUGCCGUGAAGGGCUCCUUUGCUGAUGCAGAGGCACUGUAUGACUGACUCCUGCACACCAUCGAGGGAUUCAUCACGACUCCGAGGGUUCCAGCAAGGGCCCAUGCUCCACGCCGCUAGACUUACGCUACCGACCCUGUGAUUCUGAACUGCCAACAGACGCUCGCUGCCUACCAGAGACGUUGGCAGCUCAACCCAGCAGACACAGAGUCACGGGAUGCCAUGGUUACCGUGGCUUGACACCUCACGGAUCUGUUACAGCAGGAAAGGAAGACGUACUGGGUCUCCUUCCUGGACAAGGUGUUCAGGACCACACCUCCAGGAGGUGUGGCACCAUGUCAACAGCAUCUGGGGCAAGUCCAGACGACAGGUGUGUGACCCUGAUCCUGCAGGCAGGGCACGAGAACUCAUCUUGCAGUGGAAGAAAGCCUCAUCCUUCUCUGGCCUUCCUGUGGAACACCAGGAGACGCUUGAUCAGCAAAGACCACGAAGGAUGGAGUUGCUUCGCCACAGUGUUUCUCUGCUGGAUGACACCUGUGUGUCUAUCACACAUGACGAACUCUUCUCGGCAGUCAAGUUGGACUUCCACAGGCACCACUGCUGAGAGAUGCUGCUGUGCAUUGGUCCGGAAGGCACAGGCAAGACACUGCUGCUGCGGAGACUUGCCAACCUAACAAAGCCAGACAUCAACCUGACCACAGUGCCCACAGUUGGCAUGAACAUCACCACCAUCUCUCAAGGUCCUGACCUGCCUCCAAUCAGCAUCAGGGAAUUGGGGGGUAGCAUGGCACCUAUCUGGCACAGCUACUAUGGAGGUGUGCCCAAAGUCAUGUACGUCUUUGAUGCCGUUAACUUGACACAGCUGGGAGAGGCGACAAUGCUGCUGAUGGACCUUCUGUCACACCCAAGGUUGAGGGCAUCACAGUGCACCGUGUGAUUGUGGCUGCUUGUUGCACUGCACAUAAUUGCUUUAAAUACUUGAACAACUGAACCUAACCAUCCUUGAAUACCCGAAUCCUGAUGACAGUAAAGGGAAUUUGGUGCAAAACAGUGUGAGGUCAGUGUGUCUUGUCCAUGAAAUGCUAGUGUAGCUGGCUUUCCUUUCCAAGUGCUUGAUGGAAACUGACUUUGUUGUGAAGUGCUAAAAGUGAAGUGAAUUCGAAGUGUCAAGUCAGUGUAAGCUUGGUGCAUCCUGCCUAUCAAAUCAGCAACUUGAUUUCCAUGGGUAGUGGUGCAAAGAAAACAGUGACUCAUGUGUGAAGAUUGUGAGUGGUUGUGAGGGAGUGGAAGUGAAGUGUCCAAUUAUUUAGUGAGUGUCUGGACCUGCCACCGGGACAAUGCCAGUGGGAGGGUUUUCUCGGCCGGUGGUGAUCAGGGAGAGUUCCGCCCGCCACUGCUUCCUGUCCCUGCCGCGCUCCUUGGCUGUUCUGGUCACGCCUGUGCAGACGCCAACCUUCAGCCUUGUAGUACAAGGCCAGAGUGGAGGCCAAGGUCAGCACUCAUCUCUCCUGGAAGGAGUAGUGCAGUUAACCGGGUACUCAGUAGUGCAGUGGUUAGCACACUCGGUUCACAGCCGAGAGAUCCCGGGUUUGAUCCCCGGGCGGAGCGGAGAAUACUGGGCGGUCUCCCUGCUACCUUCACCGUGGCCUUCUUCACUGGCUGCCAGCUGCUGGCUCACAGGUCACACAUGGUUCGCUUUGUGUCACUGUGGAUGUCCCAGAAUAAAGGUUGUUUCCAGUGGAGGAGAGGUCAAGGGCUGUGUGUGUGUGUGUGUGUGUGUGUGUGUGUGUGUGUGUGUGUGUGUGUGUGUGUGUGUGUGUGUGUGUGUGUGUGUGUGUGUUACUUUUGUCACAUCUCUAAUGUUCCUUUUUUAAUAUUUUUAUUACAUGUGUUAUUAUUUUUUGAACCUUUUUUCUCUAUUUCACCUUUAUCAUUGCUUUUCUUUACUAUUACUAUCAUUGUUUUCUUUAUGUCAUCUUUGUUAGGUUUUUAUCGCUGUUGUUAUAACCUUUUCGUCUGUCACCUUUGUUGUCACUUUUUUAUUUGACUUAAGAUUUUUUCACUUUUACUAUUACUUUUACACUGACACCAUCUCAGUUAUCACUUUUUUCACUUUUUUGGAUAAUUUCUUAAAUCGACAUCACUUCUUUUGAUAAGCAGAUCUGUACCGGCGCUUAAACCCUUAAGACGUGACCCCUGUUAGAGUCACGGAGAGAGAGAGAGAGCAGCGUGAGUGUGUUGAGUGACUGAUCGGUGCCGAACUUUGUUAUUCUGUGGAACAUUUAUUUUGUAAUAAAAGAAGAAAAGGAA